CGGACCGGAACGGACCCGGCCAUGAGCAACUCAACUGAAUCCUAACCGGACAUACCGGGUCAAAACUUGGAGCUUUGAGAAUAGCGGAGUGUCCUCCAAUCCAUAUCCUACAGUCUUCUUCUUCGUCAUUUAAAAUCUCAAUUUAUUAAAAUCAAAUCAGUUUCUUGUGCAAUCAACACCGAAAACCCUAAAAUUUCCAAUGUCGAUCUUCGAGUACAAUGGGAGCGCUCUGGUAGCCAUGGUAGGCAAGAACUGCUUCGCCAUUGCUAGCGAUCGUAGACUCGGAGUUCAACUCCAAACAAUCGCCACUGAUUUCCAAAGGAUUUCUAAAAUCCACGAUCGUGUCUUUCUCGGACUCUCUGGCCUUGCCACCGAUGCUCAAACAUUGUAUCAAAGGCUUGUCUUUCGGCAUAAGUUGUAUCAGCUAAGAGAAGAGAGGGACAUGAAACCUGAAACUUUUGCUAACCUUGUUUCUGCUCUUCUUUACGAGAAAAGGUUUGGUCCAUACUUUUGCCAACCAGUAAUUGCCGGAUUGGGAGAUGAAGACAAGCCUUUCAUUUGCACCAUGGAUUCCAUUGGAGCAAAGGAGCUUGCAAAAGAUUUUGUUGUGGCUGGCACUGCCUCUGAGUCUCUUUACGGUGCCUGUGAGUCAAUGUUCAAGGAGGACAUGGAACCUGAGGAAUUGUUUGAAACGGUUUCGCAAGCUCUCCUUUCAUCAGUAGAUCGUGACUGUCUUAGUGGUUGGGGAGGACAUGUCUAUGUCGUCACACCAACUGAAGUAAAGGAAAGAAUCUUGAAGGGAAGGAUGGAUUGAGUGAAGCCAAUUGGUUCUCAAGAUUCUUCAUUUCGAGACUAUAAAACUUCCGGUUUUUGAUUCAUUUGCAGUGCUGGAAGGAAGAUGAUGUUAUAGUGUGUUAAAUUCUGAAAUUUUUGAAUGGCCUAUUUAUAGUCCCUCUAUUUUCGUCUGAUGGGAUAUGGGCAUAUGAAAGCACGAUUAGGCAGGCCGAUGGUCAGGUGAGGUGGCAGAUUUGUUGGCCGCCGACGAGAAUCAUUGCUUAUUAUUUAGUUGGAAGACAUCUGGCAGCACCGAGCCGAAGCUCCAGUGAAUGUGACCAUUGAAAUAAAAAAUUGAAUUGACCUAUUAGAUCGAAAAGCAGUGGUGUGUUUGGUCUUGAUACUAAUCAAAAUAUUCAAAUUGGUUUAAAACUAGUUGAAAUUAGUUGAGUUUAUAAACAUGAGGAUUGAAGUUGAAA